GCCACGGAAGGAGAGUGUAUUCCAUCCCACGCGCUCAUGUUCUAACCCGCCCCACAGUCUUUUUCUAUCCUAGCGCUCACUCUCGCAUGGACCUCUGAGCGGUGUCAAGACUGAGCUCGCCUAUUCACCCAACACAAUGUUUUAUGGAUUAUCUUCCAUUGUAGUAGCGAGAGAUAGAUGUGGAUGGAACGCGGAGCGAGGUGGAGUACUGGACGGGUUACAGCAGUAGCCUAAAAACCGGGCGGCUGUGGGUUCCAUUCAACCGGGGUUUUCUGAUGCCCGUGGAUCUCGUGGGGCUCAGUUCGCUUCACCUCUGUGACCAUGCUUUACUUCCAGCUGGUGAUCAUGGCUGGGACUGUCAUGUUGGCAUACUACUUUGAGUACACCGACACUUUCAACGUGCACGUCCAAGGGUUUUUCUGCUAUGACAAUGCCUACACCAAGCCCUACCUUGGACCCGAGGCGUCCAGCGCUGUACCUCCUGCCAUACUUUACGCAGUGGUCUGCGGAUUGCCGUUGCUUUUGAUCACAGCCAUAGAGUCUGUGUUGUUUCUGCUCCAGUAUGUGUCGGAGGACCUGGACAACAGGGAGAAGAUCAUCGUCAUGGGAGACUGCUGUUACCUCAAUCCUCUGGUGCGCAGGACCUUCCGCUUCCUGGGUGUGUAUGCGUUCGGACUGUUCUCCACAGACAUCUUUGUGAACGCAGGCCAGGUUGUGACAGGAAACCUGUCCCCCCACUUCCUGACAGUGUGUAAGCCCAACUACACGGCCCUGGGCUGCAUGCAGACUGCCCGCUUCGUCAACCAAAAGGGGGCGUGCACGGGAAAUGAGGACGACAUCAUGCGCAGCCGCAAAUCCUUCCCCUCCAAAGAGGCGGCACUCAGUGUCUACGCCGCGCUCUACACAGCGAUGUACAUCACGUUAACAGUGAAGGCCAAGGGGACCAAGCUGGCCAAGCCUGUCCUAUCGCUGGGUCUCAUAUGUCUGGCCUUCCUCACGGGCAUCAACAGGGUGGUGGAGUACCGUAACCACUGGUGUGACGUCAUCGCCGGAUUCAUCAUCGGAGGGGCCAUAGCAGUCUUCAUGGUUCUCGGGGUGGUGCAGAACUUCAAAGGGAAGACCCUGCUGAACGAGAUCCCGCCGGAGGAGAGUGUGGCCAGCAGUGUUCCUAUGAUGGGCCAGCCCCGCAUCAUGGACAACACCAUGGAGAAGUACAUAGCCUCACAGAAUCCUCUUACUUUCGCCGAGGUCACAUGACAAUGAAUGUGUCACAUGACACACAGUUGGAUGUGGUUGCUGCUCACUGUCAUGGUCGCCAGAGGACAACACAGAUCCUGAUGAUGAUAUCUAUGUAUAACAGGGUUGGAGUCAGUUACAUUCCAAUUCAGUCAAUUCUGGAAGUAAACUCAAAUUGCAAUUAAAUAAUUGAAAAAAGGCAUAUAUUUUCAAGACCUCAAUAAACAAAACAAAAAGUUGUUUUCCAUUAUUUUAUUUUAAAUUCAAAUCACUUCAAGAAUUUACUUAAAUUCAAAUUGACCCCAACCUUGAUCUAUACAGUAUGACCCUAUUUCCAAUCAAACAUUAUGAUGACACUGCCUAUUCCAACUAAAAUGUAGCAAUUCCUGUAGCUUUACCAUUUUAUUUCUCCAAUCAACAUGUUCUCUCCUUCUCUUCUGUUCUUCUCCUGAUGAAUGGUGUUCAUUGAAUUCCCAAAAAGUAUUCAUUAUUUUCAUAUACUAUAAGGUACUGUAUCAAACACGUCUCAUACUGCUGUAUAUGUAUUGUACAGCAUUUUUAUUUCCUUCAACGUCAAAGAUCAUGAAUCCUAGCCAACAGCGUAAACGUAUAUGAUGUGUUUUCUAUCAUGUCUGUUUAUUACUGCAAAAGUGCAAUCCAAACUGUAUCUUGUCAGAGCCAAUAUGUGUGGGUUUACUUCUGUCUAGAUUUACCAACUAGACCUGAGAGAAUUUUAUAUAGGCUUUGGUUUUCAGAGAAAUCAAUCAAUGGAUUGUGUCCCUCUUAUUACGAUUUGCCAGAAAUACAUGGGCAUGUAGGUGUGCAACUCUGCGACUGUGUGUGCAUGUGUGCAUGGAUCCGUACAAGUGUGUCCGUGUGUGUGUGCUUGAUAAACCUUAAUUUUCUCUUGUGGAUUGAAGGAUGUUGCUUAUGGCUUGCCAGACAAUCAACAACCAUAAUAUUACCACAGUCAGGCAACAGAGCCAGUGCGGGAAUAAUAUGGAAAUAAACAGAUGUUUUUUUAUUUCUCGGUUUCAUUCCUCCUAUUUUAUUGUGUUGCAAAAGCAUGGAUCUAUACUGUAUGUUGAUACUUCAGAUACUUGUUUAGUACAAUAUGGAGUAUUGUUUUAAGCUCACAGGCCAGCAAUGAGAUGUAUAGUUGAUGCACGACUAGGCUUCAGUUUCCCAAAUGCAUUAUGGGUAAAGUUGUUUUAUACUACCACAGUUUAAUGAAAACCUGUGUUGUAUGUUAAUCUCCAUGAUAAGAUUUGUACACCAUUUUACACUGUUGUACUGUACGUGGCUGUACUGUUUACCGUCUAAAUGGCAUGUCGUACUGUAUGACCCCUCGCAGUCUCAGACCAUUAUUUGAAAAUGGAGGGUUCUGCUAUUCAUGUGCAGGUGGAAAAGGUUUCUAUCCAUGUACAGUGUAAUGACAUGUUUGUAUGCGUUUAACAUCUCAUUAUUUUGAUUUAAAAAUAAUAAUUCCUAUCAUACUUUGUCUUAGUUUUUCUAGAAAUGUAUGGGGCAUUUGAAUGAUUCUGGAGAUGUUGUUCACUGUCAACCAUUCCGGUACUUAAAAAAAGAUGUAAAGAUAUUAAUUAUAAUAUAUCAUAUAAAAUGCCUAAUAUUAAAGUUGGAUUUGUGUAUUGCUUUGAUCUUAUAUGUAGUUAAUGAGUGUUAGUUUUUUCGUUUGUACAGAUUUUGUUACUUUUAUAGCUCUUUCGUUUUGAAAUUGUCCCAUGAUACCUGAUCUUUGUUUAUUGAUCUUGUCACUAUGAGUAACAUUAACCCAGCAGCAGCUGCAUGACCUCUUACACUGUAGAACAUGAAAAAAAAACUAAACUGUGAGAAAGUUGCGGUGUAAAAUGUAUUUGAAUAAAAUCAAAAGAAAUAGGUUUGAAUAAAGCAUGUCUGUUUUGUUGAAUAUGAAGUUUCAUUCCAAAACGUGAUACUGUAUAUCAAUUGUCAGAAAUGUUUGUAAAUUGACAUGAA